AAACAUCAUGAUUGAAUGCAUGGACACACUGCUGCUGUCAGAUCUGUGAGAACCACACACUCACACACACACGCCCUGCGAGGGCGAGAAACGCAGUGUUAAGGAGGAAAUGAGUUUGUCAUGAAGAAAUGAACAGGAAGAUGUUUGUCACACAGACGAGCAGCAGCAGGAUGGAGGCGCUCGGCUUGAUUCUCUUCAUGUGGGCGUCUCUUUCAGAGGCCUUCAACAUCGACACCGAACAUCCACUGAGAUGUAACGGCACGCCAGAAGAUUUCUUUGGUUACAACAUUUAUCAGACUGAGUUUGGAAACCGGAAACAUAACAGCAGAGUUUGUGUAUCUUGUGGUGUUUCUGCAGAAUGCACCAAGAGAGAAGUCAAUCUGGUGUUUCUCUUUGAUGGAUCCGCCAGUAUGAAAACACACGAGUUUGACAUGAACAAAAACUUCAUUAAAGAUGUUAUGAAAAAACUUUCAAACUCAUCCAUAAAGUUUGCUGCUGUCCAGUUUUCAUCAGAAAUACGAACUGUGUUUGACUUCAAUGAUUAUCAGAAGGGCUCCGCUGAAGAGAAACUCAUGAAAGAGAAACACAUGAAAAGUCUCACAAACACAUAUCGAGCAAUCAACUAUGUUCUAAAGAAUCUGCUGAAUAACGCGUCGUCUGGAGCCAAUCUCAACGCUCAGAAAGCUCUGGUGAUCAUCACAGAUGGAGAACCCACUGAAUCUGAUGAUAAUAAUGUCCUCAACAGAUGUGAAAAGCAAAAUAUCCUCCGUUACAUCAUCGGGGUGGGAACGGUUAGUUUAAGCACACUCAGUCAGCUGGCAUCAGAACCAAAACACAACAACACCUUCUACAUUCAUAACUACAGUGGACUCAAAGGACUUCUUGACAACCUGCAAAAAAAGAUCUACAACAUUGAAGGGUCAAAGGAAGCUCACGGCAGAGACAGACAGAAAGAGCUAUCACAGAGUGGAUUCAGUGUCGUCUACCAGGAGGACUCUGUGAUCGUGGGUUCGGUCGGAUCAAAUGACUGGCGUGGAGCUCUGUAUGAAGUGACGGGAUCAGGAUCUGAAUUCAGACAGACAGAGAUCAUCGAUCCAGCUGUAAAUAAAGACUCGUACAUGGGUUACUCUACUGUGCUGGGAAUGAGACGUGGCGUCUCUCUUCUGUUCUCUGGGGCGCCGCGGGCCGAACACACGGGUCUGGUGACCCUCUUCACCAAGAGCCAAAACACAUGGACAGUGACGAGAAACAUCAAUGGAGAACAAAUUGGCUCAUAUUUCGGAGCGUCUCUGAGUCUGUUGGAUGUGGACUCUGAUGGAGACUCAGAUUUCCUGCUGGUCGGAGCACCAUUAUUUUACCAGUUUCAGCCGAGGGCUGAAGGGAGGCUGUACGUCUACGCUUUAUCAGAGCAGUAUUUUCAGAAGACGCUGCACUCAACCACAGGCAGAUUUGCUGCGUCUGUGGCUUCACUAAAGGACCUGAAUGGAGACAGUCUGUCAGAUGUGGCGGUCGGGGCGCCUCUGGAGAAUGGUCUGUCAGAUGUGGCGGUCGGGGCGCCUCUGGAGAAUGAAGGAGUCGUCUACAUCUACCUGGGCCAUAGGGCGCAUGGCAUAAACCCUGAACACGCUCCUCAGCGGAUCCCAGCACGAUCAGUUCUGCCCGGUCUGCAGCAGUUCGGAGUGUCUCUGUCCGGUCAGAUGGACAUGAACGAUGAUAAUCUGACAGAUAUCGUGAUCGGAGCACAAGGAGGGAUUGUCCUGCUCAAGGCUCGGCCUGUGAUGUCUGUAUCUGCGCAGCUCAGUUUCAGUCCAAAGGAAAUCAGUCUGAACUACUUUGAAUGUCCGAGUGACAACACAUUUAACGCAUUUGAUCUCACGUCAUGUUUCACAGUGAACGAGCGCACCAGUAGCACAGGAUCUCUUGAGAAGAAGCUGAAUGUUUCUCUGAAUCUGAAUGUGGAUGUGGUACGAAAAAUGAAUCGAGGAUUCUUCGAUCAGAGGAAUGUGUCGUCCAGGACUCUACAGAAUUACGUCCUGCUGGAUUCUGGGUCCUCCUGUUUCAGCUUCUCCAUCUUCAUGCUGCGCUGUGUUGCAGACACAGUCUCUCCUCUGAAGAUAAGAAUGAAUUUCUCACAAACUGAUAUGUUGUCUGGAAACUCUACAGCUGUUCUUGAUGUUCACAGCAGGAUGGAGGAGUAUGUCGAGGUGCCUUUUCAAAGGAACUGUAAUUCAAACAACAGCUGUGUGGCCGAUCUGAAGCUGAACUUCAGUUUUACGAACGACACGUUAGUGGUGGUGAAUCAAGCUCAUUUCAGCAUCCUCGUAUCGCUGGCAAACCCAGGCGAUGACUCCUUCAACACCAGCAUAGUGCUGCAUUACCCAGAAGGCCUCUCACUCUCAAAAUUUGAUGCCAUUAAGCCGAGUCGGACUCGAAGCAGCUGUGGUGAUCGGGACAGCGGUGCUACGAACAGAACAACCUGCAGCAUCAAUACACACACACACACAGACACACAAACAGACAGACAGACAAACUUUACUCAGUUUCUGGGAACUUUCCGUGUGACGAAAUGGGAUCACGACUGGUCUGACAGGAUGGAGAUGAUGAUCACUGCCAACAGUGAUAACAAUGGAAACAUGAGUGAUACGGUGGUGAGGAGGAGCGUCCCGGUGCAGUUCGCCGUUAAUCUGGCGAUCAGUCUAGCGUCUGAAAACUCUGUGACGUAUCUGAACUUCUCUCUGGAGGACAGAGGUCCAAAACCUCUCAACAUCAUCUACAAGGUGGAGAAUAUGGGUGUUAAAGGUCUGCCGUUGUCAGUCACGCUCACCCUGCCCUGUCAAACUACACAUGUGAUUUUAACAGCUCACAACUUCAGCAUGCAGGAGAACUCAAUGCAGUGCAACAAGUCAGAUCGACAGGACGGUCACUGCGGGAAGUUUGAGUGUCCUCAGUUUUAUCUGCAGAAAACUUCAACAGUUCACUUCAACCUGACAGCAGACGCAGAGCUCCAGAACAUGAAGGAAUACGAGAGCAAAUAUUCCUUCUACGAGUUCAGGAGGGAUUAUGUGUUCAACAUCAGCGCUGAGCUCAACUACAACACGAGCCGCUACAACCAGACUUCAACCGGACUGAAGUACAAUCCCCACAGAUCCCAGACUGCAGUGAAGGUGGAGUUUGUCGUUCCUCCCAGUCGAAUGCUGAUCGUCGGCACUGGUGUAGUGGGCGGGCUCAUCUUCCUCAUUAUCAUAUUGGUCCUUCUGCUGAAGUGCGGGUUUUUUAAACGAAAUCGCCCUGAUGAGUUUUUUCAAGACGAUGAAAAUGUAACUGCAGUUGAAGACUCUCCUCUCAUGAACGUGAAUGCUAAAGAAAACGGAGUCAGUGAGAACGACAGCACAGAGAAAGAGAACGGAGCGAGAGAGACGAGCCCUAGUCCUGACCCUCCAAACACAGAUGAAUAAAAUCUCACUUUACUCCAACACAACAAAAUGAGGUGCAGGAGGGCCCAUUUUGGAAGAAUCCUGAUUCCUUCAGCCAUCAUAUAUCUCAACAACAGACAUCACUGAGGGUUAUCUUAACUGUUUGUUGUUGUUGUUGUUUUUGUAUUAUGUAUGUUAUGUUGUGUGUGUCAAACAAGUGCAGUGCUGUGGGAAAUAAUUUCCCCCUUGGGCACAAUAAAGUUAAAGUUAAAGUUAAAGUUAAAGAUGUUUGUUUUGAAGGAGCUUAAUGGUCUUUUAAUGGUCUAGUUGUAUGGAGAUAUGAUUUAAGGUUCAGUAUGUUUAGUUCAAUGAUAUGCAGCAUGUGUAGCUUGUUUAUGUCUUGAUUCUAGUGACUUAAAUUGUAGUUUAGUUAUAAGCCAGUUUUAUUCUGAUAUUCACUUAUAUGGGCAUUUUCUAUAAAAAAAGUAUUGAGUUAUUAUUGUUUUUAUUGAUUUUAGUUAUAAGUAGAUUAAAUCUUUAUUCUUCUUGAUCUAUCUUUUUAAUCUCAAAGAAAGUUUUCUGUAAGUAACCUUCACACUGAAUAUUGGUAGUCAUUUGAAGAAGAGCAAUAAAUAAUCAAUCAAUCAGUAUAAAUAAAUCAGUUAACUGAUAAUAAUAAUAAUAAU